AUGACUGCCUCUCGACCCUGCCAAUGGCGCCCCUCUUCUCCGCCGUUGUUUGAAGGACUGACGUCGCUCGAGAUCCACGACCGGCAUCCCUCCAUCGCCUCUUCGGCUGCCGAGUUCCUCGACGCGUUGGGACGCAUGUCCAAGUUGGAGCACCUGCACCUCGACAUCAAGGUACCGGAUUCGAACCAGCCCGCGACGAAGGACCGGCUGGUCGCUCUUCCUAGUCUCAAGUCGCUCUAUGUCGAAGGGAGUCUCAGUGAAUCCAUUGAUUUUAUGGAACAUGUGGUGGUACCUGGAUCGGCCAAGGCGGACGUGUCGGUGGUCUACGCGACUGGGAGGGAUGGCAGGCAAAGUGCACCGGAGGGGUCCUCCCUCCAACCUCGAAUCCUCAAGCCGUCCGACACCAACCCACCAUCAGGUAGUAACCCCCGUGAAAUCGCCUUCACCCGAUCUAAUCCUACCAGCGUUAUCAUCGACACCGAUGUCGAUACCUGCGGCACGAUGCGCAUCCGAGAGAACAUGGACCUGUUCACCGUGAUCCUGACAUCGGAGAGGUAUGGCACGCUGACUGAUGGCGGGCGCGCGGUGUUGGCUAGCCUACCCAGCACCGAUAUCCGCUCUCUCGCGAUUCGCCUGUUCCCGCGUGAAGAGUGUUUCAAGCUCGACGAGCUGCUUCCGGUUCUACAGUCGGUGGAGGAACUCUGGGUGGGUGAGGCGGACGGUUCGCUGGUCAUCCACACACCGUUGGAGGACCCGUGUCUGUUUUACGGCUCGCAAUACCCUGUGCAGUUUCUCCCGGCUUUGAAGGUCCUCGUGUUCGAACGUGUUUCUAUCCUCAGCAAGGACUCUCCAUGCAUUAACUUGCAAUACCGUGACGGCGAUUUCGUUGUCCCGCCAGUCGUGUUUGGCGACUUGAUGAACCUUUUGAAACUUCGCGCGCAUAUAGGAUAUAAGAUCUCGAAGCUACAGUUUGGGGUGGCUGAUAAUUUGACGGCUGCGCAAGUGGAGGAGCUGGAGACGGUGGUUGAGGAGGUUGUUUGGUCAGGGGUCGAGAAGUUUAGAAAUGGAUGCGGAUCGGAGAGGGAGGAUUGCCCUUGCAAAGGGGAGUAG